AAUACUGUACGCAUACUGGAUUUUACAAUUGAAGAGCCAUACUGGAUAUGCAAUAUCUAGCUGAAUGUAGCAUAUUAGUACGUUUAUCCAUGAUUCAUCACCAUUGAAGAGGUCCAUUCGACACUAUGUUUAUAGUAGUAUUCUCUGAAGAUGUCAUUCACAGCAACAACAGAAUAUAUUAGGAACAUUAUUGUUGAUUAUAUAACCAUCGUUAAGGAUCACUUUUUGAUGAACAAUCGGAGGAGUUGAGCAUUUGGAGGAAGAAAUGGAAACUUGAUGAGCAGCCACAUGUAUUCAGAAGCACCUUUUAUAUCUAGAGAUGUACUUGUCGUAAGGCAUUUGGAAUCUUCAUUGGAAGCUUGAAAGUGCGUCAUACGACAGGUUAUUAGCUAAAGUCUCUAUUUGAGAAUCUACAUCUAACGGAUUACAUCCAUAUAUCAUUAAUUAAUGUCGCCUAAGGACCCUAGCAGAGGUGGUACGUGACAGUGAAACUACUAGAAGCCAAUAAUCAAACAUAUUUCCUGUGUUGAGUGUAGCAAGGAAACAUUAAACAUUAAAAAGAAAGAAAAGAAACAUAAAAUAUCAAUACCUGAGUUAGCAAACGCGAUAUCCAAUCACUGAAUGAGAUACUAGUAUACUUACACAGAAAAGUGGUAUUCAGCUAGACUAUAGAGAAUAAAAGUCACAUCUAACCCUGGCCCUAUGAGGUGUCAAUCUACAUGAGUAACAUACACCUUAAGUAUCGACUAUUUAUUCUUGUUCGGCUUCUACGAUUAAGAGGCAUGGCUGCUAAAUCUGACAUGUAUGACUUGGCAUUUUAUGAUGCUGUCGCUGACAAUAAUCUUGCCCUGUUGAAGACAAUGGGAGAAGGUAGGAGUCACACACUUAAUCGUGAGUUUAAGGUAGUAUGGGAUUCUAACCAUAAAGGGAUGGUCCCAAUACAUCUUGCUACUUAUCGGGGAUAUGAAGACAUGGUAGAGUUUCUCAUAGAGGCUGGGUGUGACGUGAAUGUUAUUACGCCAAAAACACGACGUACACCAGUACAUUAUGCCGUGACUGGGAAUAAUUUGGCAUGUCUGGAGAUGCUACUAAAUGCUGGUGCCGAGGUGAAUAGAUCUGAUGCAUUUGGAAACACAGCAUGUCAUUACGCUGCAGAGGAUGGAUCAUGCGAUAUAUUAGAUUACCUAAUUCUCAGGGCGGCCUGUAUAGAUAUCCCUGACAUGACAAACAAGACGCCAUUAAUGAAAGCUGUUCAAACAGGACAAAUACAAUCUGUUAAGACACUUGUGAAGGCAAAAUGUCACGUGAACGCUCGCAACAUGAAUGGUGACAUAGCACUACAUCUAGCAUGUAGGCUAGCGGACAUGGAUAUAAUAACAUACCUUAUGAUAGCAGGUAGUGAUAAGAAUUGUCAAAAUGAUAAAGGCAGAACACCUCUCAUGGAAGCAAUCAGUUACAGAAAUAAAGAUGUAGUCAGUAAAAUGAUUGAUUAUAACUGUGACCUGAAUUUGAAAGAGUUCAAAUCGGGCAACACAACUUUACAUAUUGCAAUACGACACAAGUAUCGAGAAAUCACUAGCAUAUUACUGGCGACACCUGGUGUGAAAGUUCAACCAAAUGAUUAUGGAGAAUUUCCAGCAUUAGGACUCAUCCUCUCGAAUGACUUAGAUAUGCUCAAAAUUCUCAUACACAAUAACUAUGACUUUGACAUGCCAGGUAAAAUUUACAUCACUGGCAAUAGUGAAUCACUUGCAACAAUUGCAAUGCAACGGUCUCAUUAUAACAUGGUACAAAUGAUCUGUAGUUUAAAUUGUGAAGUUCUGGCGCCAGAUAUUAGCAUGCCUGACUAUCUGAAUGAAUUUACUGAAGGAGUUCCCACUCUGCAACGUGCCUGCAGGAAGUCUAUCAGAGGACGCCUUGGGUAUCGAUUGAUGCAGGGAGUGAAGGACCUCCCCCUUCCAACAAGGAUAAAGGAGUACCUUAUGGCUACAGAACUAACUGGUUUUGAGAUAGAAACAAUAGUAACACCAUUAUAA